CGCUCAGUCUCGUCGGAACAGUCAGAGAGGAAGGAGAUUUUACUCUGAGAAGUGAUAUCCAAGUGUCGCGUGCCGGCCGCACUGCGGCCGUGCCUUUCUGUCUUCUCGAACGGUCCACACACGCUCUCGAAUCGAACAGACGCAUUAUUACUUUACCAUUGUGCAAUUGUCACUAUUCUCACAAAGAGAUCGUUAUUUGAGAUUCUCGAGUUUCGUAUUUUCAACACGGGAGGAGAUUGUAACUAAUGGAGGAUGACGACGUUAAAUGGAAAGCAAGGAUCUGGAGCCUUUGAAUAGGAAGACGGCCGAUAUUUCAACAAAGCGCCGCAUAGCAGGCCGAUCGUUGUUGCGCAUCAUGUUCGGGACGAAACUGCGCACAUGGAUGGAGGCACAUAUCGUGCGUUCGAAGAAGAAAAAGGAUCGAAAGAAAGGGGAGAAAGGAUUUGACUCUAAUUGCAAUUCCCCCCGUAAUCAUGGAUCCCACAGAUCAUCCACGUUGCACCAAGUUCAUCCGAUAGACUCUUCGAAAAACGUGGAUGGAAUUCGAUUGCACGGUGAAGGUAGUCGAUGCGGCACCGUGACUGCAUCCUCUGGUACGUCAGCAGGUACCGGCAGCGUGAAUCUCUCUUCCCCGGAAAGUGCCUAUAGUACUGGAUACUCAACGGACGGUACCUCACCCGGAACCAGUUAUCCACCGGAAUAUUACAUCAAUAUCAGGACCGGUACCCAUUACUUUCAAAGUAAUGCCAAUGCAGGUACUGGGAACAAUGGUAAUAACAAUAGCAACAACAACAACAACAACAACAAUAACAACGCCAGACCAAAGAAAUCGAUCGAUUCGUCGGAUUUGUCGGUGACCAGUGUGCUCUCUGGACGUAGACAUGGAAGGUACGACGGGAAUAUCGAACCUUCUGCUUCUACCUCUUCCACGAUCUUCGCGUCUGGAAUGAUGGACAACGAAGUGACAAAAGGUUUUCCAAAUAAUACACCGAGCAAGAUCAGUGAUCACUUUCUGGACGAGGAUAGAUCAUUGCAACAGAGAGCGUUACUACAAGAGAAAUACCAUCGACGAACCGAAUCGAUCUCUGCGGAAUCUUCGAGAAGCAAUCUAAUUGUCCCGCCUUCUUCUAUACCACCGCCUUUAUUAUCACCAACUAUUCAAUCGCCUCGUGAACGGUCCCGGAUCCGUACCAAUCCGUGGCUCUCGGCCAAUUCCUCCGGCUCGAGUACAACUGGUUUCAAAUCGAGAUUGAAUCUCGACGACACUAGCAGCGGCUCGGGAUUAAAGCUGACCGAAUCAUCCGGAAGCGCGAGCGACGUGAACACGAGCAGCGUACGAGUGGGGCGGGCCAGAAGAGAGUUGAAGCAGGAGAGUCUUAGCGCAGGAAGGAGUCCGAUAAACCAAAAUUGGAGAAUAGCGUCUGGCAUGGAAAUUCGGCCGAAGAUAGCACUGUCUGUGCAGCGGCGUAACAGCAGCAGCAGCAGCGCCAGCAGCAAUAGCACUAGCAGCAACGUGAGCAGUGGUAGCAACGGAAUCGGUAGCAGCAGCAACGAUAACGAGGACGAAAACAGGAACGAAAAUGAUAACGGGAACGAGAAUGAGAACGGUUCGUCCGGGUCGUCGGUUACGCGAAGCGCCAGAUCGUCGGAAGAUGACAUCACUUUGAACGAGAUGAUGGGCAAGUUCGACGAAAGUUACGUCUACGAGAAGGAGACCGACAUCUUGUCGGACAGCGAUCCAACCGAUUGCGAGGACUACAUCGAAUCUCUGUCGGACUUGGACGGGACUAGAGAUGCCGGCGAUGAAAAUGAUCCCCUUGACAACGACGAUUUUGAUUACAUAGACAACGGCUCGUUCCUCGAUCUCGACAAUCUUGAUUGUACAGGACGCUUCACGAAUACUGGACAUUGUACUUAUUUCGCGUUUGCCGGCGAACUUGCUCGACGAAGCAGCAGACUGCGAGAGUCAUUGAUGAAGCGCAGAAGUAGGGACGACGCGACGAUGCUACAAAGAACGAUCAGCGCGAAGAAUAGCACGAAAAAGCAGUUAGCACGUCACAAAAAACAAAUAGAUGAGAAGCAAUUAACCGAGAAGCGAAAGAAGAGAUCCUUACAGCGCCGAAAAACGAAUUUUGAUAAGCGCGAUCCGAAUGCCGUUGCAGUUGGAGUGGCCACUUGCAACGAUGACAACAACGACGACGAGGACGAUGAUAACGAUGAUGAAGAUGGAACAGCGAAUUUAAAUCGCGUGUUGGUAGAGAGGAUGUUGCUUAAAAAUUCGGGUUUCAAUCAGGGUAGUAGAAGCGUUGGAGGCACACCCAUUUGUUUACGCCGGAAAAAACACGAUGUGAACAAGAAUUUGUCGCCAUUGCGAUUAAACGACAAACAAUCACCUGCCGUUGGGAUUAUAACCAACGAUCCUGAUGCCGUUAAAAGGCGAUCGAAUUCGGUGAGCUAUGUGAAUGGAAAUCUUGUUAGACGACAGGUGACAGGUAAUACCGACAACACAUAUAUGACCACAUUCGCCUCUGAAAUCGCCUUGAUCGAGGCCGAUAAGGAAGCGGACAAAAAGUAUCGGGAACUGAUUCUCGAGGCUGAAAAUAUUCUGGUCAAUAUGCAAAAGAAUCAGAACAGUUUACCUAUCGUGCCAUCACCUUCUCGAAAGUUUCACAAUGGACUGGCCAAUAAGCGUGUCGAACUCAUCAAAAACACAGAGUUGAACAUAGAGCUUGCCCUUUCCAAAAGCAGGAAUUCUCAACCGGAAUUACAGAGCGGUAGCAUUAAAGAUCUCGAACAUACCAGUCCUAAGAGGCAACAAUUUGUUCACACUUGUUCUCCGAUUCGUCGAUUUGCCGAACGUAAUGCCUCCUUACCAACUGCACCCACGUUUCAAUCGAGCAAAUGCUCCGUUGACUCCCCACUCGCCGCGAAAAGAGUGGUGAAUCAACAGCAAUCACUGGAUAGAAGCCUGCUUCGACCAAAAAUCUACGAGGAUUCUAAUGAUUACGCGGAAACGACGAUGAGCCCAGCGUCAACGACGACGAACCUAGUGUCCACGACGAUGUUCAAUUGCAACGGUAUCCUUGGAUCGGACGUAGAUCGAUGCGCGACACGAUCUCAAAUUUCCUACCUCGUUAAUAGGCCAAGCGCCAUUUUACCGCACAGAGAUUCCUUUCCUGCGGUAAAUCGGAAAGAAUUUCGCAGCUCGAGAUCAUCUAACGCGGGCAAGGAGGAUGGAGUGACAUCGAGUUCCUCGGAUUCCGAGGAAAGAUGCGAUAUCAGGAGACGGGCACCUCUAAUGACUUUCAGAUCGGUCGAUAUGGGCCCCAUAAAAGAAGGAUCUUCCUAUUGCCCGCAGAGUGAGCCGGUAAAAAGGAAAGUGUACGCGGGUAGUGCAUCUUAUGGCAGGAUACAGAAAACUUUGGGCGAGCAGAUCAUCUUGAGAAAUUCAGAUGGAGAUACCGCCACAGAUGAUACAGAUGAUUCGAGAAAAUCAUUGAAGGAAAAGGUGGCCAGGCUUCGACAAGAACGGCUAAUUGCGAAUACAAGCGGUCAAGAUUCGCAAAUCUUUCAACAUCAACUCUCCCAAUUGCGAAGGCAAAUGCUGAUGCAGACGAUCGAGGGUCUGAAGCGAAGUCUCGAGGAUCAGUCCGCGACUUUGAAGCAGACGUGCUUAGAACCGAAAAAUGGUCAAGAUAACAAUGGAACUAGAAGCAAAGUUGUCGAUUCUGUCGGGAACAAACAUUUCCCAUAUACGAAAGCUGGUAGUCUUAAAGAUUUUACAGAAUGUGCCCCUAAUAGUGGAUAUUACUUUCUUCCUUUGUAUGAUAAAGGGGAAUACAUUCUAAAGGUAGAUCCACCCAGAGGAUGGAGUUUUGAACCUACAGAAGUCUUAUUGAAUGUAGAUGGAAUAACAGAUGCCUGUAGUCAGGGUACAGAUAUUAAUUUUACUUUCAAAGGUUUUGGUAUCACAGGCAGGGUUAUUAGUCUAGGAUCAGAUUCUGGUCCUAAAAAUGUUACAGUUUCAUUGUAUAAAGAAAAUAAUGAGCAAGUUCCUGUUGAUACAACAAUUACUAUGGAAGGUGGUAUAUUUUACUUUACUCCAAUUCAACCUGGACAAUAUGUACUUAUUGCAUCUCAUACUAUAUGGAUGUUCAAAACAAAUACAGUUAGAGUAACGGUACGUGAAGGCAACACAGAACUUCCAGAUGAUAGUUUAAUAAUUUUCGGUUAUGACGUGAGUGGUCGAGUUACCAGUGAAGAAGAAGCAGUUAGUGGUGUAACAUUUGUAUUAUUUGGUAACGGUGUAGCUAAGAAUUGUGCAACAACACCUAUAAGCAAAGAUUUUGAAUCUAGAAAACCUCUUUGUCAUGUUGUAUCUGACAAAAGCGGUAAAUUUGUAUUUCCUAGUUUAUCACCUGGCGAAUAUAAUCUUGUUCCAUAUUACGCCGGGGCUCAAACUAAAUUUGAUGUUCAGCCACCUGAAUUGUUAUUUAAAGUAAGUCAUGGCAGCGUCGUAUUACGCCAAGGAUUUAAAGUAACUGGUUUUACGGUAAACGGUAUUGUCCGUACUGCCAGCAAUGGCGAUCCUUUGCCAGGAGCAAAAAUUUUACUUUCUCAAAAACAAGUUGCCAUAACAGAUAAUCAUGGAAAAUAUGUGUUAGAUAAUAUGAAAGCUGGUCAAUAUAUUCUUAAAGCUGAAAGCGAAGAUUUAUUAUUCAAUGAUAAAUCAGUUAAGAUUUCUCCCAGUUCCCCGGAACUUCCAGUUUUAAUACCAACAGCAUAUAAAAUUUGCGGCAAAGUUACUUUAUCAACAAGAGGAGAUUUAAACUAUCGAAAAGUAUCUAUACAUAAUACAGCCAUCACAUUUACAAAAGAAAUUGAAAUAGAUUCGAAAACAGGCGAAUUUUGUGUAUAUCUUAGUCCUGAUACAUAUCAAUUAAGCGUUAUUGUAAGCGAAGAUGAAAGAGCAAAAGGUUUACAAUUUUUUCCACUACAACAAACAAUCGAAGUAUCAUCUCGACCGGUGCAUAAUAUUAACUUCUUACAGUUAAAAGCUACAUUAACAGGAACAGUAAAAUGUUUACCGGAAACCGAUUGCAGUCAAGCUUCUGUAACGUUAAAGGUACUUGACGGUAUUACAAUAAAAACGAUUCAAACAAAAGUUUUUUUUAAUCAUGCAGCUGGCCAAUAUCAAUUUACGGAUGUAUUACCGGGUCAUUACGAAGUACUAAUAGACAACGAUGUUUUUUGUUGGAUGAAUCCUAGCUACAGAAUUUCUGUGACUUCAGAACGAUCCGAAUUGCCGCCAUUUGAACAAACUGGAUUUUCUGUUACUUUCAUUUCUUCUCACGAUACUAUAGUUGAAUAUUCGAAAUCAAACGAAUUGAAAAAAUUAACAUUAGUAUUGAAUAAAGGAAGUACGAAGCAUUGUGUGUCCGAACCUGGAAUGUAUACGUUUAUACCGAAAAGUUGUCAUGUUUAUGAAAAAUUAUCUUACACAUGGGAUACCAGUACUAUUUCUCCUAUUUUGUUACAUUCGACAGAACACAGUCACAUAGGAAGUAUUAUGAGUCAUUCUGCGUUAAAUGAAGUUAAAGUAAAAAUUGAAAAUGCAGAUGAUACUAUAAUACUUGGUCCAUUGAAUUGGACGCGCCAUGAAAAUCUGUACAAAUAUAAAUUCGAAUUUAAAGCAAAGACAGAUAACAUUUAUACUAUAACACCAUUAUCAAAUAUUCUUCUAUUUAGUCCAGCAUCAUUGAAAGUAUUGGGUGUGAACGAUUGUCAAGAUGACGUUGCAAUUUUUGUUGGUGAUUUAGGAAAAAUAAUUGCUGGUAAAAUCAAUCCACCUUUGGAAGGAGUUACCAUACAAAUAUUUGAUAGCGAUAAAACUAUACCAAUACACACGCUUAUCACUCAAAAAGAUGGAACAUACAAUAUUGGUCCUUUAGACGGAAAAAUAGAAUACAACGUUACUGCACAAAAAGAAGGAUUUGUAAUCACGGGACCCGAUUCCAACGGAGUAUUUACAGCUCACAAAUUGGCUGAAAUUAUUGUACAGGUAUCAGACCAAGCUGACAAUAUUUCCCUCCAGGGUGUACUAUUAUCAUUAUCUGGUGGACAAAGUUAUCGAAAGAACAGCAUUACUGGCGAGGAUGGAAAAUUAAUCUUCAAUUCUUUAUCCCCUGGCGAAUACUAUUUAAGACCAAUGAUGAAGGAAUAUCGUUUUGAUCCUCCGUCGAAAAUGAUCAAAGUUGUUGAAGGUGCUACGAUAAAAGUGAAUCUAUUCGGAAAAAGAGUCGCAUUUAGUGCAUACGGUUCCGUGACAUCUCUAAACGGUGAACCUGAAACCGGCCUGCUGGUUGAAGUUCAGGGACAAGAAAAUUGCGAGCAUCUUCAAGAAGAAGCGACCACGGAAGAAAAUGGUAGCUUCCGAAUCCGUGGGCUUCAACCAACGUGUACCUAUGUGUUCCGUCUGAAACCGAACGCUGAAGUUAAUGCGCAUAUUCAACGAACCAGUCCUAACUCGACAUUAGUGCAAACAUCAUCCGACAUUCGAAAUCUUCGAUUGGUUGCGUUUCAUCCGAUAUCGCGUACCGAUGUCUCAGUACAUAUUAUGUCCGCACAACCGGAACACUAUCGUACAUUGAAGGUAAAAUUAUGCAGAGAAGAUGCACCGGACUCUCCAAUAUACACAUCAAAAUUAGAAUCUCAGCAAGUCAACAAAGUUGGCAGCGCUUAUAACGCCGGUUUUCUCGUGCAUUUGCCUCCCCUACAGGCGGAUGGUAAAAAGUACUUCGUACAAUUAGAGUCGUCUCUGUCUCAUACGUUACACAAAUACAGAACUAUACCAUUUUAUUUCGAGGCAAACUCGUCGUUUAAAUACGUGAAAUUGACGUUCAACGCAGAACGAAAAGUCGAUCAAAGCGAUAUGAAUCAGACAUCAAUAGUUGCGUUACCAUUUAUCAUGUUUAUCGCGUUUGCAUUCUUCAAUCGUGAAAAACUUUGGUUAUGGUUGAACACUCUGAUCGAAAGGUGGUCGAAACCGGUGCCGAUCUCGAGAACACCGGUACAAGCUGUUCCUAUCGAUCCACGAGCAGACGAUAUUAUAGUCGAACAAAUAAUGAACAUCAAUAAAAGAAAGACGAAACCGCGUAAAACGUAGCAUUAAGAAUUGUUAGCGAUAUAGUCACAGUGAUUAGAAACUUAAUUGAUCUCGUUGUGUUUCAUUGUAUACUGUGUAUACUAUAUGAACGAAGAAAUUUAGCGAAUACUAUUUUAUCCGAAUAUUUUUUACCGUGUGAACGAUUUUCAAGACAAAACGUUGGUCGAUAUGUUUCUAACAUAUAUUUCGCAUUUUCAUAAACAAUUAUAUUUUUAUGAAAUAUGGAUCCAACAUAAAUUUAUCUUAUAACAGUAAUGAUCCACAAUUUGUAUUUCUGGUGAUCACGGAGCAAUAAAUGCCUAGAAAACAGAAAAUGAAAAA